UUCUUUCUUUUCUGUCAUUGUCAAGUGAAUAAUAUGAUGUUGAAUGUUCGCGUUUAUUUAAAUUUUAUAUUAUUUUAGUUAAAUUAUAAAAAAUAUCUUAAAUGAGUAGUGCUUAAAAUGCGGUGUGUUAUUUUUCUGCUCUGCUCAACAAUAUUGAGUGCUGCGGCGUGGGACGAUGAUGAUUUGGAAGUAUUUGACGUGGUUGAUGAAGUGAACCAAAAUUUCUAUGAAUUGUUAGGAGUUACACAGGAUGCAUCACAAUCAGAAAUAAAGACUGCCUUUAAGAAAUUGACUCUAAAAUUGCACCCGGAUAAGAAUGAUGCCCCCGACGCUGAUGUACAGUUCAGGAACUUGGUGUCUGUUCACAACAUACUUAAAGAUCCAGGGAAAAGGGAAAAGUACAAUGAAGUGCUGAAGAAUGGUCUUCCGAACUGGCGCUCGGCGGUAUACUAUUACCGGCACGUGCGAAAGAUGGGCCUGGCGGAGGGCUCCCUCAUCCUAUUCAUAAUCAUCACAUUUGGACAGUAUGCAGUCGGGUGGGCAGCAUAUGCUGAAAAACGGUACACAGCAGAACAAAUAUUAAACAGUAGAGGUAAAAAGCAUCUCAAGAAGUCUGGCUUUGACACUGGCCUAGCAGAAAUAUUAGAUCAAAUGCCCAAACCUAGUAUUAAAGACACACUGCCCUUUCAAAUACCUCGUGCAAUAUGGUGGACGAUUACUGGUAUACCUGCCACUAUAAUUGAGUUACGGAGGAGAAGGAAAGAGAUGCAGGAGGAAGAGAGAAGAAGAAAAAAGAGGGAAGAAGAAGAGAAGGCGAGAGCGGAGCGCGAAGCGGCGCUCGCGGCUGAGAACAAGCAGGCCGGCGCAGCGAGGCGGCGGCGCGCCUUCGUGCCGCCGGAGCGCGACUGUCUGCUGGACCCCGUCGCCGAGCCUGACGACGACGCGCCCGUCGUGCGACAAGUCAAACCCGCCGCGCCGGUGAUCUCAGGCGGGCUGUGGACGGACGAGGACCUGGCGGAGCUGGUCCGGCUCGUCAAAAAGUACCCGCCGGGCGCGGGCGAGCGCUGGGAGCGCAUCGCCGACGCCAUGUGCCGCAGCGUGCCCGAGGUCACGCACAUGGCGGCCAAGCUCAAGGAGAACUGCUACAAGAUACCCGGACAGGAGGCGGUGGAGGAGACCCCGCCUGAACCACCCAAAAAGGUGAAGACGCGCAAGGUGGAGGAGAGUCACGGCGGCAACUGGUCGCAGCAGCAGCAGCGCGCGCUGGAGGCGGCGCUGGCGCAGCACCCCAAGGGCGGCGCCGGCGACCGCUGGCAGAAGAUCGCCAGCCAGGUGCCCGGGAAGACCAAAGAGGAAUGUAUGCAGAGAUGUAAAUAUUUGUCAGAAUCACUGAGGAAGCAGAAGCAGAAAGAAGAAGAAGAGCAGAGAGAACAGGAGCUACACAGAGAGAGCACAGAAGCAGUUAGCGAGAGUGAUAAUAAUUAGAAAAAAAUUGUGAUACAUAUGAAUAGCAGUCUGUGCUUGUUUAUUGUGUUGUGUAUAUAGCUUUGCAAGUUCGUUGGUGACAUUACCAUGAUAUGCGGGCGACGGGAGGUGAAGGACUGCGCGGGUAUGAAGUCGUGCGCGGGGCAUCGCUACCCCCCUUCCGACCCCCGUGGACCUUCGGGAGUGUUACGAACGAAUUUGCCAAGCUGUAACAGUCAACAUCCGAAUUAGAGAAUGUCCUUCACUUGUUUAUUGGAUGAACUGUUUCAUGUCAUACUAGCAGACGCAUUGCUGUUUUUCCGCUUGAAUAUGGAGAAUAAUUAAUAAUAUAUUGCGAGUAGCCUAAAAUACUACUUUUUUUUUACAAAAAUACAAAAAUACUUCUGCUGGUCUAUUCACUAAUUUAGUCUUUACUGACAAUUUAUUUAAAAACAUUUCCCUCCUUCUGACGCAGUCGGGUAAUAAACAUAUUAUAAUCAACUGAGAAAUGUGAUCUACCUGUUGUAUGAUAUCCACAAAGGGUUGUCAGUAGGAACCGGAUGACAUUUGUUACAUAGAAUCUCAAUUUCGUAUAUGUCAACUGACAAACGUCAAAGUUAGUGAAUUGGCCUGCUGGCCAUACUGUCAUUAACCAUUUUCUUCUUUUUUUUUAGAAAAUAUUUGUCAUAUCUUUUAAAUGUGACCAAUAUUCUUAUUCCAAUCUAACUAGUCGGCAAAUACUGUAUUAUAGCGGGCCGGGGGGCGUGUAGCGAUGAAUGAAAAACCCACGACUGAUGCUCGUUACUUCCCCGCAGGCACGAUUUCACACCCGCGCAGUCUUUCCCCCUGUCGCCCGCAUAUCAUGGGAGUGUUAUCAACGAACUUGAAAGACUAGAAGUGGAUCAAAUCAGCACCCUUCGGUGAUGAGUCCGACCGCUUUGCCGAUGAACCGGUUUCUGUUUUUGAAAUAAUGUUAUUUCAUCCAACGAAAAGAUGGGUGAAGGUCGUUUCUAAUCUGGGUCUUCUACACGCAACAUGGUGAUGGUUUCCUUAUCAAACUGUAGUGUGUUUUGUAUCGGAAGAGCAUAGGUAUAUUAUAGAAAUUAUGUAUCAAUGGCUCAGACCAAUUACCUUCUAUUGGACUUGUAUUACACAAAAAUUCACCAACAAUGAAUAAUGUUACUAGGUACGCAAAAUCAUUUGAAACUUCGUUACAUUAUAGCAUUUAAUUAUACAUAUACAGAUACACUAGUUUUUGUUUUAUUUAAAAAUACCAAAUAGUUAGGAUUUUACAUGCAUUCAAAGUUCGCGUUCGACUCCCGCUAACGGUCGCGAUAUUGUAAAGCGUCGCAAAGUACGAAAUUGCCUAUAACGAGCGAGCAAAUGUUGUUUGAUGACGUCACGGCGCGCUCCCUUUAAAAUUCUAUAUCUCGCGAAUUAAUUAACGUAUCAAAAUAAUUUUUUCACGAGUAUUUUUUGUUUUUAAUGGAGAAAGCUAACAUUUAAAAAUAGUUAACAUUAUUCAUUGUCUGUUUUACGUUUACUGGGCACGAGAUAAACUCACACAUCGAAAAUAUGUAUAUGCCACCAAUAAAUAUAUCCUGUGUCCAUUCACCACACAUAACAAUAAAUUUUAAUUCGUAAUACACCAUAUCACAAUGAAACAUUGAUUCUAUAGAAGCAGUUUGUAUGAACUCGUUAGAUCAUGAUCAUAUAGUUUUGACAGAGGGGUAACCUCUAACGAGGCAGGUCCUAUAUAAAGUAAUUGGUCCGAGAUAAUUGCGGAAAAGAGACAUCGGCAAUGGCAAUUCUCUUUGGACAUUGUCUAUGCUAAAUUGUGUAUACGAAGUCUUCCAUGACUGCGACAAGAUGAACUCGAACAGACUAAGGGUUCAUUUAAUGCGCGACUGCAGUUGGCUGCCGCCGAGACGUCGUCGACUGCCGCCGAGACGUCGCCGACUGCAGUCGACUGCCGUCGCCUGCCGCCAAAACGUCGCCGAUUGCAGUCGACUGCGGUCGUCAGUAGAGUUGCCGCUCGUGUAAAUGAACACUAAGUCGAAACUAGUGCAUUUGUCAUUUACUGAAGCGUGUAUUAGUCAGUACUGUACAUCUAUGAAUAUCUGGAGAUCGACCAUUUUUCAUACAUGAGCCCAAAUUCAAUGAAUGAACCGUUACAAUGUCUUAAUUAGUAUCAUAUAAUAAAUAAUAAUAUCGGUUUUAGACUGGUUUCAUUUCAGUUUUAUUGAAAGUUGCUUAAUCAAUAUGGGCAUAAACAUUAUAAAAUGCACGAUUUUAAAAACACGCACACUUCAAAAAAAAAAAAAAAUUAGCAACUAACAAUUCUAAUUAUUUUGUUGGUUUAUUAUUUAAAUUUAUAUAUUUUAACAUUCUCUCAUUUAUUUAUUUCUCCUUUUGUUAUUAUUAAUUUUUUAACAAAAUAUACAAAACACUAUUAAAAACUUAUAAAAAAAAUAAACCCUCCCGCUGCGGUACAUUUGAGUGCCCAAGCAACUGGUGGUCAGGGCUCCAGAGUGAGGAACCUCCUCACAAUACGCGCCGUCUCGAGAAUCACUGCCUUUUUGUAUCCGACUCUUGAUCCAACAGUUAAGUGAAAGCUUCUUGAGGUGUUGGUCGAAGCUUUAGAUAUUUAUUAUUAAAUGAAGAAUUUUCCGUCAUUUUUUUUUCUGUAACGUGCUGGGCCUAAAAUGGUCGGUCUCCUUUAAUGUUCGAGUUGAGUUGGACCGUCUUAAACAGACAAUUCUGUAAACUUUCUUUGCUUUCUCUAUAAGACUUGUAUUGUUAUUCGUUUUUUCUGUCUUGCAUUUUUCUAUAAACAUUUAUAACGGUAUGUUUCUAGUGUUGUGUUGUUAUAUAUGAAUUUUGAAUUAUAAAAUACUGUUAUUCUAAUAUCAAA